AUGCCUCUACUGGUCACACGACAAUGGCCAGUCCUGAGGCGUGCCGCUGCCGCCACUCGCACUCUGCGCUGUUUAUCCAGCACAUCUGAUAGAUGGAGAGGGUCCGCCGAUCAACUCAGAACUUCCCGCUCUGCAUCUCAAUUAGUACGGUCUCUUCACUGCGGCAUAAUCGUACCAAGAUCCGUUGAGACUCGCCCACACGAACUUGUCAAGCAUAUUCAUCCCCCGGAACCAGAAGUAGUCCGACAAAGGACCUUCUGUGUCUUUUUCGUCACGCCGUCUUAUGCGCAAUACCUACGGGACGAUGAUGCCUUCCUCCGCAAAGCUCUCUUGCACGCAUACGGGAAGGCGAGCCACCAUGAAGGUCUCUACAUACAUGCACUGUGUGCUGUUGUAGACAAGCUUCCCAUCCGCAGAGUUCAUCGCGUGCCCCAAUAUCCGGAGCUAUCGCCACGCUCCACCAAGCCAUCUGUCGCUGAAACUGGGCUUGAGGGAAUUGCCUAUGCGUUUCUUCUGCCUGACGAUUCUGUGUCGUCCCAAGCCCUUUCGCCAUCAGACAAGGGUGCUAUCGAUUUCAUAUACGCGGAACAUGAAUUCAAGGACACCGUCUGUCGUGACACAUUACGUCUGCCUCUCUCAAAUACUGUCUUCCAGACGGGAACGCCAUCCACCAUGAUCCUUUCGACCUGGAAGACUCUGGGCGUGGAUCGUGAGUUGACUCCUGUAUCCAAGACGAAUAUUUCUCAUCAUGGAAUUCGUUUAAUUGAGCGACAAGACCCUUCACAACUUCGCCCCGUUCUUGACGUGCCGCUAAUCCCGCUGACAAUGCCUCGCAUAGUCCAAGGGUGCAUGGGCAACAUUAUCCGCGGCGUUAUCGGGCCUGAGGGUAAAGCUAUGCAGGCCUCCUCGGAACUUGAAAAUGUCGUUCCUCGAUUUUUCAGAUCGCGGAGACAACCCGCGCAAGCAACAGUGGCUUGGGCACUGGUGAUUCCAGGAGAAUUGAAAGCUGUCAUUGCCGCUAGAACAGAUGAGCUCCUCUCCGGCUUGCCAACAGACAACGAAGGUACGGCCUCUAAACACGAAGAUACAUGGGAACGUCUAUGGCGCAGUGAUCCUCCUCUAUGGAAUACGCUCGUGUCGAAAGCAAUUUCUGAAGGAGCACGUCUCCACCGUGUCUUGAGUGGUGGAGGCGGAUGGGGAAAGAAAGCUGGUCUGUUGUCGUUGGAUCCCGUUCCGACCAAUCAAGUUGCGGAAUCAUCAAAGGACAACGAUUUCCUCGGCAUGGUCAAUGAUCCGGAAGAUUUUGAAUCGACCCUUACGCCAGUGGUGCGAGACGGAGACUCGAUACAGUUUUUCAUCUCGCCUAAAUCAGACCUCGAACAGAUGGCUCAGGAAUACAACAAUGUUAAUGGUGUGAAAGCACUUGCAGCAACCGAUGGAGGCGAGCCUUGGGGCUGGGAGUUAGGCACUGUUCCUAGCACUAUUGACUCAGUUCCUGGAGAGUCCUGGCAACACCGUCCAUCUGAAUCGACAAACAUCUAUAGCUUCCAUGGCUUUGGUGCGUUGACUGAAGGGCCAAUGACACUCACGCAACACUCUCAGGUGGAUAAGAGCAAGGCUAGCACUGUCAAUACUACUACGAUCGACGUUCCCUUCUCUCGUCUCUCGGCGUCUGUACGUCUAGCUAAGCCUCGCCGGGAGAAAGAGGACGUAGUCAAUCCAUGA